UAUGAGAUGCCCUCAUCGACCUCAUGUGAGUAUAUAAGGGUCCCGUCUAUUGCCACUGGCAUAGUGCAAGUACGUCUACAAUGAACACAUUCACUUUCUUCGCCCUGGUAAUCUGCGCCAUCUUCGCUCUGGUGAGCGCAGUUCCGCAGCCGGACGCAGAGAUAUCUAUCAAUGGAGCAGGGCCUGUUCCUGCGGAGUUAUUCGAAGGAGCAGAGUCCCGAGGAUACAACCGUCAUGGAGGCGGUGGCGGCCACGGACACUACGGACAUGAUCACCACCACGGACAUGGACAUCACGGACACGGACGUUAAGGACCAAUGCAAUGUUUUUCGAAGUAAUGUUUACUGAUUUCGGAAUGUUUAUUUUUUUUGUAAUAAAAGCAAUUGAUUGGA